CAGGGAGCGACAGGGGCAGCGCGCGCACAGUCGUUGUGGUGGGAGAGAGAGUUCGUAACAGUUACUGUGAACUGGUUUGUUAGGGCAGAAAAGUGAAUAAUAUUUCCCCGUCUUUUGCAAGCAUCGAUUGUUUCGAAGAGACAGCGCCAGUGGAGUCACCUUUUGUUGGUCACGUCCCUUUAUGUUCCAUUAAAAAGGAGCAUAUGGAGCAAGGAGGGAAAUUUCCACAUCUGAAGCUUGACUCGGCCAAACUGCAGGAUAUAUCUCAUGACAUCAGUAAGACCCUGUCCAAGAUGGAUGCCCGAAUCAAGCCAGAUGGUGUGGGAGGUGUCAAUCCACUUAGUCUGCUCUCAGAAGAGAAAGGACGACUAGAGAGUCCUCGUCCUUCAACCUCCAACUGUCAAACAUCACACUGGCCAGAUGAGGGAGUAUAUGAUGAUGAGCGACAGAAUGUUGUUCAGCAACCUGUAAUUCAAAAGGAAAGGAAUGGGAGAGAGGAGAACGUUAUCAUCAUUUCUGAUGAAGACCAUGAUGAUGUUCCUGAGAUUCCAAAAGCCCCAAAAGGUUUUGAAACUGAGAAUGGCAAACCUAAGUCACCUCUCAAAAAAGCUUCAAAGAUACAGAAACCACAAAUACCUAUCAUUGAGGCGCAACCUCUCCGAAGGAAAGUAAAAUGUUACUAUGUGACUGCCAAACAUGACAAAGCAGAAGCAGCACAUUUCAAAGCGCAAGUUGAUACACCAAGCACUUCCUGUGUCAACACUGCUGCCACCGUUCCCACUAAGACUGUCCAAGACCAGUCAAUUGGGGAGUUCUCAGGAUGGAGUAAGCGUAAAAGGAGGGCUUCUGACCAAUCGGAGGAUUCCUUGGAACAUUUGAAACAGCUACGCCUUCAUGGCCAGGAGGGGCAGAAGGUUAAGAGAUUUAGACGCACCUCCACCCACAAGAAAAAGGGCAAGAAUCUCAAGAAGCUGCAGCUAGAUCCUCAGGAAAUGCAGUUCCACAAUCUGAAGCGUGAUCAGCUACAGAAGGCGACUGCAACUCCCUUAUCUCCGACUCCAACUAAGCAUACCAAGAAAGCCAAACACGAUAUCAGUGAGGGAGAAAAACAUGAGAGUGAUGAGAAAAAGGGUAAAAAUACUGUUUCAAUACCUGGAGAACAACCUGUGCAGCCUCUCUCUUCACACCAAUCUCCAACAUUACAAAGAUCCACCUCCUUGCAUGAAAAGGAUGAUGAGUCACUGAAAGCUGACAUGUCUUCGAUGUCGAGGACCACCACAAAGAUAUUUAGCGAUAGUUCCCGCAGUGAUACACUGGUGAAAGAUAUGACAAAACUCACAGCUCCCAAACCAAAGAUUGCCCACCAAGGCCACAUGCCUCUGCCACGUGUACCACCACUUAAACGACGUCCAUCAGCUCAGCCUGAAUUCAGACACCUUCCCAUAGCCAAAGUCCCACCUUGUCCCCCUCAACCUCAACCCAAGCAAGUCUGCAAGACUCGUCUGCAGUCACCCCCAAAGGACAAGAGGUAUCCCUGCACUGAAGUGCUCAAGUCAUCAGGGAAACAGAAGGCGUCCAUUCUCAAGGAAAACAUUCUGAAGUGGAAGUACAGUUUUUUUAAGGAGUAUAAGGAGCUUGGUCCUCCAGAGACUCUCUGUGAUCUGCCACUAAGGCUGGUGCCACGGACCUUUCCGUCAUUUAAAGACUAUUACGACACAUUUUUCCCACUACUGCUUACCAACACAUUCGAGGAGUUAGUCGGUGAGUGGCUGAGGGAGGGCCGUGUCACACUGAAACUGAUUUUUCAGUCUGUUGAUUACGGCCCUUUGGAUUCUGGCCUCUGCACCAUCAACAAGGCCACGUUUAUUGCAAAUCUCACACCCCAACAGAAGUCUGAACAGUUCUACCCAAAGGUAGACGACGUUGUGAUUCUGUGGCUCCCACAGAACACAGCUUCAUAUGCUCGCUCACCCUUCAGCGAUGAACACAAGCCAGAUGAUUGUGAACCACAGCCACACUUUGGUAUUGUCUCCCACAGUGAAGUUACAGAUUUGAGACAAGAGCUGAAGGUACAGACAUUUGGCAAUGUGUUGUCCGUUGACAAGCAGCAGGUACAGUGUGAGGUGAUUGGCAGUAUGCUGAGUGCCAUGCGCGAGCUCAAUGCUCUGUGCCACAUUCAAGACAAGGCCCUAAUCCAGACAAUCCUGGCACCAGAUAAGCACUUUGCACAUGUCCUACCAGAUUCUGAACCCAUGUUUGAGGGAUGCAAUAAAGACCAGGCAAAGGCAAUAAAUUGCGUUCUUUCCAUGGUGAUGAGCGCACAGCCAACCCCCAAAAUAUGUAUGAUCCAUGGCCCCCCUGGAACUGGCAAGAGUGACACAAUUGUAAACCUACUCUAUCAACUGUCACAGAAGCUUGGUGCAGCUGACGGCACAGGGCAGAAGCCUUGGCGCACGCUCGUCUGUGCUCCAUCCACUGCCGCAGUAGACAGUCUAAUGGAGAAAAUCAUCGCCUUCUUUCAAAACCUAAAAAGCGCAAAAAGCACAGGCAGCUGUGGAGACAUUAAUCUGGUGAGACUGGGAACUGAGAAAAACAUCUCUAAACAAGUUGAGAAGUUUAGUUUGGAGUAUCAAGCCGACCGACAAAUAGAAAAGGCAAAGCAGAAGAUUGCAACUCUGGAGCAGAACAUACAUAACCUGACCGAAAUGCAUGCCAACUGCCAAACUCAAGAAGAGCGUAACAAAGUGCUGGGGAAAAAAGCAAAAGUGGUGGAAACGAGGAAGAGGCUCUGGGACCGAAUGAAAUUGAGCAAAAGUGGGAAGUACAACAUGCAGCGCGUCAUCCUGCAGGAGGCCAACGUCAUCUGCUGCACUCUGAGCACCAGCGGAGGCGUCGACCUGCGGGCGGCCUUCCCCUCCCACCUCCAGGACCACACGCCGUUCAACUGUGUCAUCAUUGAUGAGGCAGGUCAGGCCAAGGAGACGGAGACUCUGAUUCCUCUGCUGUUCCGUUGCCCCUCCCUCGUCUUGGUGGGAGAUCCUCACCAGCUCCCACCAACAGUCAUAUCACAGAAAACAAAGGAACUUGGGUUUGACCAGUCACUGAUGGAUCGAAUUUACAAGAGUGUACAUGGUCUGAGCCCCCCACACACCCACUUCCUGAGUCAGCAAUACAGGAUGCACGUGGAUAUCCAAAACUUCCCCUCCAAAUACUUCUACAGAAACCUACUGAAGGCGGAUGGACCGAUGGCUCAGAGCCGCUGCUGUAGUGACUGGGCCUGUGAGUCCUACAGGGUGUUUGAUGUUGCUGAUGGACAGGAGACAAGUGAGAAGGACUCCUUCUUCAACACUACGGAGUUGGACCUGACGGUGGAGUUGGUGCGGUUGGUCACUAAGCGCUACCAGGACCGCAAUCCAAACAAGCUGUUCAGUGGGGUGGUUGGAGUCAUUACUCCCUGCAAGGCACAGAGGUUUCGGAUUCACCAAGCCCUCCAACGAGAAGGCUUAUCAAAGGGAGUGAUGGUGAACACAGUGAAUGGAUUUCAGGGUAGAGAGAAAGAUUGUAUCAUUGUGUCCUGUGUCCGAUCCAGCAAUAACGUGGACUCCAUCGAGUUUCUAGGGAGCCGUCAGCAAAUCAAUGUUGCCAUCACCAGAGCCAAAUACAGCCUUUUCAUUUUGGGACACCUCAACACACUGAAGGAACACAGAUACUGGAAACCUGUAAUACAGGACGCUGAGGACCGUGGCUUCAUCAUAAAAUCAGAGGAGCAGUAUUUGAAAAUGGAUGCCCGGAAGAUCUUGAAAGAAGACGACUUCUGCCUCUCUCCGCCUCACAGGACACAGGAUUGGUCUUGGCAUCCCUCCAACAGGCCCCAUCUCUCCCGAUCAAACAGCACCACCUCCUACUCGAGCUGCAGUACCGCGUCCCCAAGAGAAGUCCCCUACACAGCAGGACAUCAGGGCAGCUCCUGGCACGCUGCGGCCUCCAAAGCCCAGCCUCUCAGGGCGAGCAGGGACAGGCGAGACUCGUGUGAAUGGGACAGACAACGACCCUGACCGGUGCCGGCACAGUCCAUAGCCGACCAGUCAAGUUCAUUUAGUUCCACACUGCAAAGAAGCAGCUCCUUUGUUUAAACAGACCCUGUUUGUGUAUCCCAGGAAAUAUAUUAUAUAUUUUUUAAUGUUUUUUAAUCUCCAUACUGGGGCCACUGUGUAUAUAUGCAAACAACGUGUUGUACAUACAUUGCAAAAAUGACAGAAUGUGUUUUUUGUAUCUUCCUUUUAAUUGUAAAAAUGUCUCCUAUAAUCACUAUUUGCUUCUUUUUUAUAUCUUUUACAAAAUGGAACAGAAAGGCAGCUCAACAGGGAUGCACAGAGUGUUACCUUAAGGCUCUAAUUUUAUCUGGGGGUUUUGUGCUUUUUCAGUGUUGUUGCAAAAGGCUGUCAGAGUGUUUUAUGCAUCACUGUAUAACCAUUAAACUCGACUUGGUGUUAC